CCCCGAAACACUCUCCCUUCUCUGUUACGGUUGCCGUAGCUGAAAUCCUUCCCUUUAGUGUCUGAAUGGUAUAUAUGUACCAUUGAAUGAAUCCAUUUUAUUAUCAUCAUCAGUUCCAUCUUCACUCUUCUCCAAUACACAUUAUCAGCCUCGACAACAUGAAGCUUUUCAAUCUCAUUCUCCACCUCUUCCUGUUCCUAACGGCCGCUUUGGCCGCUCCCGCUCCUAACGGGAACGGGAACAACCACGGAAAUGCCGCUGCCAGUCAAGAUAACGAGUUGGCCAAAAAGUGCUACAAAACUAGCGGCCUUAUGCCAGGCGAGCAGGUGAAGCUCAGCACUCCUAUGUCGGAGCCUAAGCACCAGACGUUCGCCCCGAUGCUUCUCGGUUGCGCUCUCAAGUCCCAGCUGCAUUUGGACAAGCCCGUGUACGGCAAGACCUACGUUUUCACCGCCUAUAAGGAGGGCAAUCCGCUUGAGAACUUCUUCAACGGCGGCGCCCACGCUUUUCUGCUACUCGCUGAGUGGGCUGAUCCGUCCAAGGUUAACGCGCAUACUCCCGCCUUCCAAGCCUCCACCUUUGACCUGAUCGUCGACUGGCGCCCUGAAAAUGAGCGUGGCCCGCCGGGUAGCUGGCUCAUUGACUCGAAGCAGAUCGCUGAGCUCCGCCGCAAGACCUUUAGCGAUAAGAGAGCACAGGACUGGGCCGAAAACCUCAAGUACAACAUCAAGGCUCUGGGAAUUAGUAAGGCUGGAGAGGGCAAGUCAUUCCAGCAACUUGCCCAAAUAGUCGAGGACCAAAGCGACGCGUACUUUGAAGGCGAGGGUAGACACUAUGAAUAUGUGACUAAGAACUGCGGCUCUUAUGUCAAGAAGAUGCUUGGUGUUGUUAAGGCAGAGAAGGCAUCUUAA